AUUGAAUGAAAAAUCUUACUAAGCACAACAUUAUAGUUGAAUUUCAAAGAAUCCAUAUUUAAUAUUACAUGAGUAAAAGGUAAAAUAGUAAAUAAUGGACAAUAAUUAACAAUAUGUUAAAGUCUUAAACUGUGUGAGGGGAUAUUUAUUUUAUUUAUAAUUAAUCUCUAGGUGAAAGCCGGACCUUAAUCAUAAACAUGAAAUAUAACCAAGAUUAUCUGAAAAUAAAGGAAGAAUUACGCAGGGAUAACGAACUAUUUGAAGAUCCAGCUUUUUCUAUAUAUGAUGAAAUAUUGUCCAAGAACGUUUCUGGUCAGAAUAUUCAAUGGCUACGUCCCCACGAACUCUGCGAUAGGCCACUUUUCAUUAAAGAUGGUUUAUCAAGAUUCGACCUGGAUCAGGGCCGUCUAGGUAAUUGUUGGUUUAUAGCUGCUGCCGCAACAUUAGCUUGUAAAAGAUCCCUUUUUACAAGAUGCGUCCCUGAGGAUCAAAACUUUCAUAAUGACUAUUGGGGCAUAUUUCGUUUUAAAUUUUGGCAGUAUGGCAAUUGGGUUGAGAUUGUUAUAGACGAUCGUCUUCCGACUUCUGGCGGUAGGCUUAUUUUUUGCAGAAAUAGGGACGAGCCUAAUGAAUUAUGGUCGGCUUUAUUUGAAAAAGCCUACGCUAAGCUCUAUGGGGGUUACGGUCGUUUGGAUGGAGGAAGAUUUUGUAAUGCUCUUGUAGAUUUUACCGGUGGAAUUUCCGAAAGUAUGUAUAUAGGUGAUAAGAAUAAAUUGCCUGGAGACUUAUUCGAUAUUUUGUACAAAUGUCACCAAAUGAACAGCUUUAUGGGCUGUUCGAUUGAUGGGAAUUACGAGAGGGAGGAACUUAUUAACAAUGGCUUAUAUAAGGGGCAUGCUUAUAGCGUCACUGCCAUCGAAUUGAUAAAUACUUACAACUAUGGCCGUUUGAAGAUGAUAAGAGUAAUGAAUCCUUGGGGCAAAGCUGAAUGGAAAGGUUCUUGGUCUGACGGCUCGCCUCUUUGGAAUGAAGUUCCGGCGGAGGAAAGAAGACGUUUAGAAGUACGUAAUUCAGAAGAUGGAGAAUUUUGGAUGGCCUACGAAGAUUGGAUUAAAAAUUUCGAAAGAUUAGAAAUUGUUCAUUUAGAGCCGGAUGCUUUUUCAGAGAAUAUGCUAUCAAAUUCAACAAAGAAAAAUUGGCGAACGUUGACGUAUAACGGAGAAUGGGUGAAAGGAAAAUCGGCCGGAGGUUGCGGUAAUAGCCCGUAUAGGGAAUUAUUUGAAAUGAAUCCUCAAUAUCCAGUGAGAAUAAGUCAAUCUCAUGGUUGUUCAAUGAUUGUUUCUCUAAUGCAAAAAAUUGAUGACUUUCACAUAGAAAAUUCUGUCUCUUUUUUUGUUCAUAAAGUGCGUGCUGGUUACGAAGAUCAAAUUGGGCCUGAUAACAAAUACGAUCACGGUUUUCUUAAACGCUUCUGCGAUUCUCCAACGUUUAUUAACUCAAGAGAAGUUAGCCUUAGGGUGCAAAUUGACACACCUGGAACUUACGUUGUCAUCCCAUCAACCUUUGAUCCUUUUAAAGAAGGAAAAUUUCUUUUAAGGAUGUUUGCAGAAUCAGAAGGGGAUGAUUACUACGGUAAAGGAGCCGGUUUAAAAGACGAGAAUGAGGAAAUACAUACGCCUCAAAAUAAUUGGUUUCGAGGCUUUCCUGCAGGUAAUCAAAUAAUGUCUAUUUCUUAA